UUCACCACCGGUAGUCUGACAGCACAACCGCGUAAGCGUUCGUGUUUUUGUUUACGUUUCUCGUUGUAAAUUUUGUUUUAUUUGGCGCUAAUUUCCGUUUGAAUUUGUGCCUAGUGAGUGGUUCUGUACCGGAAAUGGCACCAACAAAGCAGCAUCAAUCCCACCAAGCCGUCAGCACAAUGUUUCAACUAAGUACAAAUUACGAAGAACUCAAUAAGAUUGGAACAGGCGCUUACGGUACAGUCUACAAAGCACGUGAUCUCAGCAAUGAAGGUAACAUUGUGGCUCUAAAAAAGGUACGAGUGGCCUUGACUGAGGAUGGUGUUCCCAUGUCUACGCUGAGGGAGAUUGCCUUGCUGAAACAAUUGGACGCAUUCCAGCAUCCGAAUGUUGUAAAGUUAUUGGAUGUUUGUCACGGACCGCGCCUGGAACGAGAAGGUCAACUAGUUUUGUUUCUCGUCUUCGAACAUCUUGAGCAAGAUUUGGAUGACUAUAUUAAGCGGCUUCCGCCGGGGGGAAUGCCUCGGAUGACAAUUCAGCGACUUUCUCGAGAGCUGCUCACCGGCGUCGACUUUCUUCACUCACACAGAAUCAUCCACCGAGAUUUGAAGCCGCAGAAUCUCCUCGUGUCCGCUCAAGGUAGACUGAAGCUGGCCGAUUUCGGCCUCGCCAAGACGUACGAUUUCGAAAUGAAACUCACAACGGUGGUCGUUACGCUGUGGUAUCGAGCACCGGAAGUUCUGCUCGGGGAACCUUAUCACAGUUCGGUCGACAUCUGGAGUUCUGGUUGCAUACUGGCGGAAAUGUUUCAACGUGUGGCCCUGUUUCCGGGCACAUCCGAGGGGAAUCAGCUUGAGAAGAUUUUUGAAUUAACCGGGCGCCCUUCGGAAAGUCAAUGGCCACGGGGAAUAUCGGUGGCGCGGGAAAAUUUCAGACCGACAAUACCUCGAGAACCACGCGAGCUAUGUCCCAAACUUUGCGACUUCUCGAAUGACCUGCUCAAAAAAAUGCUUGCAUUUAAUCCAAGAGAGCGACCUUCUGCCUUCCAAUGCCUUCAGCAUGCAUAUUUCACCCAAGAGCCGAUGUAGAGAAUGUGCAAAUGGGAA